AUGGCCUCACCAGCUUCUUAUUACAUGCGCCGUCGUCAAGCAAGUUCAGCACCAUCGGUGAUUCCGCAGCAGAUCCGCUCUCUUUCGCCUCUGCAUGAUUCUGCGCUCCAGGAUGCAACCGCUGGUGGCAUGAAGACCCAUUCCACCAACGCAUGGAAGUAUUCCCUUGACCUACGGAGCACUUCAACUGCUGUCGUCAUGAGUGGCUGUGAAAGAGAGUUGUUGCCGCAAAGUCGCACAAUUCAGUGGCUGGGUAAAAUGGGAGUCAGCAGCAAUCCAUGUCGCCAGACGUCAUGGUGGGGUACCAUGCCGACCUUGUCAAUAAACCUGUUCUUCAAAGCAUCGUCAGAUGCUCAAAGAUGGCUUCGUGCUAUUAGUGGUAGUUUCAGCUCUUCUGGCAAGGGUUUGUCACUUGCGAUCUGGCAAACUGACAUCACUCUUUGGUAG